CAUUCGAUAAAGCUUUUACGAAAGUGCACGAUCCAGCAGAUUUGCCACGUAGAUUUUGGCAGCGUAUGGUCCAAUCUGUCGCCGCCUAACAGAGGAAGGAAUCGGAUGAUUGCGGUCAAGAGCAAAUUCCAAUGUCAUUGCGCAAUGGAGUACACGGUUCGAUUGGCGAUGUUGUUUGCCAUUCAUUUGUUGUAUCGCUCCAUUGACGUAAUGAAUUUUUGACGUUCAUUAUUCUAUUAACAACAAUGCUCGUUUCUGUGCGUUAACUUAAACCGAUAUCAUGGACAAAGGCUAUCAAGGAUUAUCAAGAGAAACGUUUAAACGAGCAGAAAAAUUUGUUAAAUAAUUCUAUAUCAAGAUAAACAAAUCAAUGUUCCGGGUGGAUGGGAAAAACGAUGAAAAAAUGCCGUGUCUGGAGGACAGUUCUGUUUUUUCUCAAUAUUUCAAGUUUAGUGAUAAACGCUAACAUAAUUGGAGAGCAUACCUUAACGGACGAUGGGAAAAGAAAAUCCUUCGAAACGGAGGGUUCUGUGUAUUCUUGGACUGGACCGAACGCCUUGGCAAGAUCCGCUCUGGUGGAACGUCAAGAGAGAUUGCAGUACAACUGCGACGAGAUCUUAGGAGAUAAAAAUUCUCAGAACGACGAUUUGAAUCCGGAAUCCUUCAGAAAUAUUCUUGUCGACGAACAACACGAACUUUUAUAUUGUUACGUUCCAAAGGUUGCCUGCACAAACUGGAAACGAGUUCUAAUGGUCGCUACGGGGAAAUGGCCAGGUAAUGAUCCUAUGGAAAUACCGGCCGAUCAAGCGCAUUCCCCAGGUACCUUUCAGAGGCUUAGUAACUAUACUUUGUCUGAAAUAGAACGAAUGUUGGCGACUUACGACAAGCUGAUCGUCGUCAGACACCCUUUGGAAAGGUUAUUGUCCGCCUACAGAAACAAGUUGGAGGCGAAACACGAGAAGAGUUCGAAGUAUUUUCAAACUCGUUUUGGAAAGAAGAUUAUCAGGAGGUAUAGACAAAACGCCACUGCAGAGUCGCUGAAAAACGGUGAUGACGUGACAUUUAGAGAAUUUGUACAGUUUGUCACAGAUGAUUCAUUAAAUGAAACACAAAACGAGCACUGGAAGCCAAUUUACGAGCUGUGUCAACCGUGUUUGGUCAACUAUAAUCUCGUCAGCAAAUACGAAAGUUUAGUUGAAGAUGCCACGGAAGUUUUAGAACGGAUGGGCGUCGAGUCCGUCAGUUUCCCAACGAAACCAGCGAACAGCGAGCCAACCGCGAAGAAACUAGAUAAGUACUAUUCCACGUUGACGUACAAACAACUUCGAAAGUUGGUAGAUUUGUACAAAUUAGACCUAAGAUUGUUCGAUUACUCAUUGGAGGAUGUGCUAGGAUUUUCGUUGGCGUGAUUGAAUUUUUCUCGACAAUUUCUGUGUAGAGUAUGCUUCAAAUAGUGAAUGGAGACGCGCCAAAUAGACUUAAGUUUUCCUUAUUUCCUUAUUUCCAUGUGCUCUGCUCUCAAUAUGUGAGUAAUAGUUCGCAUACGCAUCUCUGUAAUGUAUUUAACGUGUAGUUAUUAAUUAAUCAGCCGAGUCACAGAGAGCAGUGCUUAACCAGCAUCAAACUGGUUGUUUCGAGAAUCUUUCAGGUAAGCGCUAGUCGAGCAGAGAGAUAUUUUUCUCCUUUCUCGUUAUUCUUAUUUUUAAAACACGCGUGAAUACCCGUGCCAAGAAUUUAAGAAUAUAAAAACCAGUUGAUUGGUUGUUCGUGCCAAUGAAACAUCUACUUGAUAACUUUCUGCGAGAGUGUGAUCUUUGCCGAGUUUAUAGAUCUUAAAUAUCCAGGUUUUAUUUACGCAAAUGUUUUAUGUGGACGCUCAAUAGACGAAGACUUUAUGGGUUGUGCCUUGAGUAGAAUUGUUAUUCUAACAGAAUAACUGCCAUAUGUAUGUACCUAAUCAUAUAGGGUACAAAAAUCAUAUGAUUUACAUUCCUAUAACUAACUCAUUUUAUAUUGUCGUAAGUUACCAAUCGAACCUCUUUUUACAGCAACAACUGUAAACAUAAAAUAAAGAUAUAUUUUAUAAAUAUUUAUAUAUAAUAUCAUGCAUGAGUGUAACUGUAAUAGUUCUAUGGAAACACUCACAUGCUUUUAGCAAAUGUUACAUAAGUAGUUGUUCAAAGUGUAGAUUGAACCUGUUCUGCGUAUUGUCUGUUAUAAGGUUAAUGUUUACUUUUCAAGUUAAACUUAACCGAAGGCCUGAAAAUGAUAAACGAUGUUAGCAUACAUUAGCAACUCUGUGCAGAGAAACUCUAUGCAACUCGAUCAAAUAUUAAAACUACGCGAACUGAUCAAAAUAGCUCUGGCCAUCAAUCAAAUUGAAGAGCUCUCCGCUCACUUCUUAAAAGUUGCUGGGAAAAAAUCGGAAAUUGAAAAUUAUUUUUAUUCUUUUCGUUAUCUUUUUUUCUUUUUGCUAGAAAAUUGCUGAAAAAAAUUCCUUGGGAAAAUAUCUGUUGAAACGGAAAAUUCUUUGGAAAAAUAUCUAUUGGAACGGAAAGCAAAAGACCUCCACGUACAAGCGUUUUUUUUUUUUUUUUUUUUUUUUUUGAGUCAGCAAUAUUUCUUCUUACGGCAAAGAUUUUAUACUUUCGCUACACUUUGUCACGUGGAAAAUAGCGUGCCGCCAGCACAUGAAUUCUGUCAACAUUCCAAAUUCAGUGUGUAGGCGUUCUCAAGACUGACUUUUACUUAAAAGUAAUUGUUGAUUCUUUUUGGUCUCUCGCAUACAGCUAUCAAACGCUUCUUCUGCCGUGUUAUAAUUAAAUUAGCGCUGUGACAGUGUACGGCUGGUUGCUUCUUAUUGAACCAUAACUUAGCUUAUUGGUGUGAGUUUUUAUUUAACUGAAUGAUUAGUAUCAUUUAUGAUUUGUAUGCACAGAGGUCAAUUCAAUAAGUAAGUGAUAAAUCAUCUAAAACAAAAAAGACAAGAAACAAAAAGAAAGAGAGAAAGAAAGAGAAAUUUACGUUGAACUGUGGGUAAUCUUGCAUCUUCAUUUUUUUGCUUCUAUUCAUUUUUUCUUAGAAAUUGUAUUCUUUAGAAAAAUUUAUAAUUCGAGAUAUUUCAGAUGAUGGUACAGUUUACUAUUAUAUUCAAUCUAAGUUCUAUUAAUUUUUCACAUUGUCGCGAGGCUUUUUAAAGGCAUUGACUCGUAACAAUCCGUGGUUACCACCCAGAUGACCUUGAACCUUUGAACAUCUUUACGUCGAUAACGAUCAUGAAUCAAUCCGGAGUAUUUUCCACCGAAGCACCGAAUAUCCAACAUUCACGGUGCUUAAUAUAACUCGAGGUGGCGGAACUCCUUGGUUUCGCACCAGUAAAAGACGGUGGUGGGACCCGGGCUACCAAUCCUGGAUCAGAAGUUACAAGGGAAGGUGCAACGCGAUCGAACUGGUGGGGGUUUCACACGGUUCCUGGAGGAAUUUCGGGAUCAUCGUUGUAUCGUGAAUCCUGCGUUGAGUGAUCUAGUCGAAGAUCGGACGCAAAGUGGCGCGGUGCUUGAUUGUUCGAUCGUCUCGAUCGUUUCAGAUUCUCGUCGUUCGGUUCCAACGUUUUUCGACGACCAGCUGGAUCUUUUAAUCGUCGAGCGAAUUUUCGCAGCUUCCCUCGGAAUUUCGUUUGAUCAGUCGAUUAAUAGAAGACGUAUCAGAAGGAACAAAGCUAUUCAACGCAACGAUCAAUUUUGGUGUCGUGAAUCAUCUUCUGUGAACACCGAUAAAAUGCCACAGGCAGCCCACGAAACGAAAAACAUCUUAACUACCUACUUUAUACUGAUCCUCUUACUAAUUUGCCUCUGGCUGUUGUACUCAGGAUUGUUUUAACUCUAGAAUAUAUUCCUAGCCAUGGAGUAAAGUAAGAAGUACGGAGAGAAUUACGCACGUUCGUCGACAACCAAAUACCUUCGAUUGAUCAGGAUACGCCAGAUGCCAGUUUUUCUUUCAUCUAACUAACGACCACAUCCUCUCCGCGUAAAAUCCAUUUCAAAAUGAACGAAACAAGUGUAAUUCAUUUAAACUGUUUCAACGUUUUCCAUGAGUUUUAUGUUCGUCCACCCUUUCCCCCCACGAUUUUAUGUAUUUCACGAGCACGAUAACCGGACGUCAAGAGAUAGUCCUAUUUCUAAUAAAAGUAGU